AUGUCUGGAGUGGACGCUAUCCUGGCCGCCAAGUAUCCGGCGAAAGCCCAUGCGCGCCGUGUCGCUGAGGUCCUCAAGGCCAAACAUGGCGACGCGGGCGCCAUAUACCUGGAGGCGCAAAAAACUCGGCUGAUCGAGGACAACGACGAGGCAAUGCCGUUCCGGUACGAUUCCGACCUGAUUUUCGACUUCUUUGCGAGAUCUUUUGACGCAACGUCGCCCCUUCUUCUAUCUCACGGGAUGUCUGGAGCCCGAUGCGUCCAUGGUCUACGAUGUCAAAAAGGACGAGCUGACCCUGUUCAUCCCCCCAUCGACCCGGAGUCCGUCAUCUGGUCCGGUCUUCCUUUAUCCCCUGAGGAAGCUGUGCAUCGUUAUGAUAUUGACCGUGCUCUGUACACAACGGAUGUCAAUGAUACCCUCGCUGCGAUCUCCUCCGCGCAGAGCGGAAACACUGUCCUCUUUGCAAUUGACGAGCAGGUAUCGGAGGAAGUCAAAUUUGAGGGCUUUGCUGAAUCCAAUCUUGCAGUUUUGAAGACUGUGAUUGGAGAUGCCCGUGUCGUGAAGGACGCAUACGAGGUUGCCUUGCUUCGAAAGGCCAACGAUAUCUCCGCGCAAGGACACAUUGCUGCCAUCAAGGCAAGCAAAAUAGCCACUAAUGAGCGCGAGGUUGAGGCAGCCUUUAUCAACACCUGCAUUGCGAACGGAGCUCGAGAGAUGUCGUAUCACCCCAUCUUUGCGGGCGGUGCCAACGGCGCUACUCUCCACUACGUCAAGAAUGAUGAGAGUCUGACGGACUCGACGACUCAGAAGCGAAAGGGGAACCUUUUGAUUGAUGCCGGUGGUGAAUACCAAACGUACUGUGCAGAUAUCACUCGAGUUAUCCCGCUGGCUGGCAAGUUCCCGCUGGAGACCCGUCAAAUCUAUGAGAUUGUGCUGGAGAUGCAGAAAGAGUGUAUUGCUGUCCUGAAGGAAGGCGUUCUGUGGGAUGAUGUACAUGCUUUGGCCCACCGCAUCGCGAUCAAGGGAUUGCUCAAGCUGGGAAUUCUGCGCGGCUCCGAGGAGGAGCUCUUCGAGAAACGUGUCAGCGUUGCUUUCUUCCCGCAUGGUCUAGGUCACUAUCUUGGCAUGGACACCCACGACACGGGCGGCUAUCCCAACUACGAUGACAAGGACAAGAUGUUCCGGUACCUGCGGGUCCGUGGCAAUCUACCGGCCGGCUCUGUGAUCACGGUCGAGCCUGGGAUCUACUUCUGUCGUUUUAUCAUUGAGCCAGUCCUGAAAUCCCCCGAGCUGAGCAAGUACAUCGACGUCGAUGUGUUGGAUCGCUACUGGAGCGUUGGAGGCGUGCGCAUUGAAGACAACGUUCAUGUCACCAAGAACGGUCCUGAUAACCUGACUUCUGCCCCGAAGGCCAUUGAGGAGGUUGAACUCCUAGCUCAAUAG